AUGACACGUUUUUGGGAAUGCAAGGAAAUAGAAACAACCAGCAACUAUUCACCGGUGGAAGCACGAUGUGAAGCUUUAUUCUCACAAACGGUUCAACGUGCACCAAAUGGACGAUAUACUGUUUUACUACCAAAGAACGAAACUGUACUGGCACGGAUGGGCGAUUCAAGGGAUAUCGCAUUUCGACGACUCCUGGGAACGGAGCGCAGAUUGGCAAAGGAUGCUAAUCUGAGAGAGCAGUACGUCUCGUUCAUGGAUGAGUAUUGUCGCUUAGGGCGCAUGCGACGGAUUUCUAUCACAGCCCAAGAUAACGUAAAAAGAUGUUAUCUUCCCCAUCAUCCGGUGCUAAAGGAAGCUAGCACCACAACAAAGGUUCGAGUGGUUUUUGAUGCCUCGUGCAAAACUUCUACGGGCGUCUCCCUAAACGAUAUGCUUCUAGUUGGGCCAGUAAUUCAGGAGGAUAUGCGGUCAAUAAUAAUGCGAUGCCGAACCAAGCAAAUAAUGAUCGUAGCCGACGUGGAAAAAAUGUUCCGACAAAUCUACGUGGAACCGGAAAAAGGCCACUGCAAUCUAUUCUGUGGCGUACAUCUCCUUCAGCAGAAGUAG